AUGGCUGAAACUAACGCUCAAAUUUCACGAACCCAGAAGCUCACCGGUCUGGGCCUAACAUACCCACUCUGGAUAUUUGACGUUGACCAAUAUCCCUGGCCACGCAAGCUUGCCGAUAUUCCUCCCAACUCAAAAGGGGCCAAGAUCACAGGAUGGUACAAAUGGCCUUGGGAAUACGGCACUGAUCUCCGCAAUCGACGAUCCACCACCAGCAGACGUGGUAGAUACUAG